UGUUGCCACCUUCCUCGCGUGACGUCAGCCCAGUUGUUUUGGGUCCCUCGGCCAAUCGGGAGCGCGCUCGCGCUUCUACAGAAGCCGAGGUGGGUCCAACCUCGCGCCAGCUUUUAUCCUCCGUUACUCAUCACAACGCCCCCUCGGUAGGGCAAUGCACGGGGCUCUGCUUUAAACAGCAGCUCUGAGAUGGAAACCCCAUUGCAGUUGCAGAACGAUUUCUAUCCAGAGCAGCAGCAGCACUAUAAGCAGCACCAGCAGCACUACUGCGGACGGGAGGAAGAGCGCUCCAUCAGGCACUGCACCUGCAACAGCUCCUCCACCUGCGAGGAUGCCAGAAAAAGCCAGCCUUUGCACGGGACGCCGCUGGGAACUUUAAGGACACCGUCCGUCUCAUCUUCAACCAGGCAAGGCGCUCAGUACAGCGAGUUCACGCCCUCUAGUCAUGGUAGUUCAUCCAGACAUCAUCACCACCAUCAUCAUCCUCAUCGCGAUCUCAACCGGCAGCAAAUUCGGGGCAGUCUGGCCAGCAGCCACCGAGAGAGUAACUCUUACACCCAAAUAGCCAUGAGCAGCUGCAGAUACAACGGCGGCGUGAUGCGGCCGCUCAGCAACUUGAGCUCGUCCCGCAGAAACCUGCACGAGUUUGAUUCGGAGUCCCAGCCGCUGCAGCCCGUCUCUGCGGCGGACGCGUCCGACACGCUCGCCUCCAAGCCGGAGAACAACUCCACCACCCUCAUGCCUUACUCGGCGGGGGACGGGGGAGGAGGAGGCGGAGGUGGAGGGGGUGGAUGUAGCCACAGCGGCAGCAAAUCGGGCAAAAAGAAGAACCAGAACAUUGGACAGAAGCUUGGGCACAGGAGGGCCCUGUUUGAGAAAAGAAAGCGUCUGAGCGACUACGCGCUCAUCUUUGGGAUGUUUGGCAUCGUGGUGAUGGUCAUUGAAACUGAACUCUCGUGGGGAGCCUACGGAAAGGAGUCACUGUAUUCUUUAGCCCUAAAAUGCCUGAUAAGCCUUUCUACAAUCAUUCUUCUUGGGUUGAUUAUCAUAUAUCAUGCCAGGGAAAUCCAGCUGUUCAUGGUGGACAACGCUGCAGACGACUGGAGGAUAGCCAUGACCUACGAGCGCAUCUUCUUCAUCUGUCUGGAGAUCUUGGUGUGCGCCAUACACCCCAUCCCGGGCAACUACACCUUCACGUGGACGGCGGCAUUUAAAGUAUACCAUGACAACAUGGAUGUAACCAGCAAUUUCCUUGGAGCCAUGUGGUUGAUCUCAAUAACUUUUCUAACCAUUGGAUAUGGGGAUAUGGUCCCCAAUACAUACUGUGGGAAAGGAGUCUGUCUCCUCACCGGCAUUAUGGGAGCCGGAUGCACUGCUUUGGUGGUCGCUGUGGUCGCAAAAAAACUGGAAUUAACCAAAGCCGAAAAACAUGUACAUAACUUUAUGAUGGACACCCAGCUGACAAAAAGGGUGAAAAACACAGCUGCUAAUGUUCUCAGGGAGACGUGGCUCAUUUAUAAAAACACCAAGCUGGUGAGGAAGAUGGACCACGCCAAAGUCAGGAAACAUCAACGCAAGUUUCUUCAAGCCAUCCACCAACUCAAAACGUCAUGUAUGACCUGGUCUCGGACCUAAACAACCG